AUGGAAUUCGACCAUGCAGACCUGGGGCAAUCAGGGGGAGAAUUGGAAAAAUGUGAAGGAGAAGAAGAGAGAAAGGCAAAGGAGGGAGAUGGAGAGGACAAAUACGACGAGAGGGUUGGUAAUGAUGACUCGGGAAGUCAGGAAGAGGACAACAACAAGGAAAACGACAAGAAAGAUGACAAGGAAAAUGACAAGGAAAAUGACAAGGAAAAUGAUAAGGGAAACGACAAGAAAAAUGAUGAAGUGGAAAACGGGAUGGAUGAAGAUGACAAGGAAGAGAAUGAGGACAACAAGGUGGGAAGUGAGAAGGAGGAAUAUGAUGAGGAGAAAGGCGAGGACGACAACCACAGUGACAAGGACGACGACAACAAGAACGACGAGGGAAACAAUGAGGAUGAAUCCGAUAAGGCCGAAAGUGAUGAAGACAGUGACGAUGAAACAGCAGACGAGAGCUCCACGGGUCCAGACCCCAGGGAUCUCGCAGACACCGUUCUUGAAUCCGUGAAGGCCAUGGCCGGCCUCUGCAAAGUGAAAGAAAAGUUUCAACAGCUCCACGCAGAGAUCAGGGCAAAAACAACACAGGAACUAAAACUAGGAGACAGCCCUUGGGGUGCUGCGUUUCUUGGAAAUCCAGGGACAGGCAGGAUGAUUGUCGCUCGGCUCUAUGUGAAAUUCCUCGUCGCUCUUCGCAUCGUCCAGCCCAGGAUGACAGUGCUCACUGAAUUCGACAAUCUGCACAAUCUUCCCUGCCCUUCCUUUUCAAAGGAAUUGGAUUGUGCAGACGGUCGGGACACAGAUUCUGCUCUAGAAGACAAGCCAAAAAAAAAACAUGGCUGUAUCCUUAUCUUUAUCGGAAUUUACAAAGACACGCAACGCUUGCUGGACUCUUCUCCCGCAUUAGGAGACUUCGCCGCUCCGCAUCGCUUCAUUUUCGACGAUUACGGCCCGGACGAACUCCGGCUGAUUCUGGAACGGAUUCUCCAAGAGAAGUAUCAUGGAAAAAUGAAGGUGGAGGGAGGAUUGGACGGUCCAUACAUGAACAUGGUCGCUCGGCGGGCCGCAAGAGGAAGUGGCCAAGAAGGCUUUCUCAACGUCAUUGCCCUACGGAGAGAGAUUUCAAAAAUCGUUAGUCGACAAGCCCUACGUAUCGCUCGAGAGCAGGAGCAGAAUGGGACUCCUCCGGACCCCUUCUAUUUAACCAAGGAAGACUUGUUCGGUCCCGAUCCGAGCGCUGCAGUCGAACACAGAGAAGCAUGGCUAAAGCUGCACCGUAUGGUCGGGCUCAGUUCGGUCAAGGAAUCGGUGAGACAGCUUCUCAAACUGGUGCAGCUCAACUACCAGCGAGAAUUACGGGGAGAGCCGAUUCGCCAAGUUGCGCUCAACAGAGUCUUUCUUGGAUCUCCAGGAACUGGUAAAACGACGGUUGCGCGGCUCUACGCACGGAUCCUGGCAGAUCUUGGCUUGCUGAGUAAGGGGGAAGUUAUUCUCAGGGACCCGACAGAUUUCAUCGGCAUAUAUCUCGGACAGUCGGAGGCGAAAACGCGCGACAUCCUCCGGUCAGCACUUCAGCGGGGUAUUUAUCAAUUGACCAAUCAGUCACUUUCCUACCCCUCACAGCCACUCGCCCUUAUACACAUUGGUAGUAUCUAUUGCACCGGCGUGACAGGCUACAUCGGCGGCGACGCGCUGUAUGCACUGGCAACAAAGCAUCCCGAGCUAUCGUAUACAGCCCUCGUCCGCAGUACUGAAAAGGCAGAACAAGUCAGGGCACGCUAUCCAUCCGUGCGAGUUGUGAUCGGCAAUCUGGGCGAUUCUGAUCUCUUGAAGAAAGAAGCUGCAGACGCGGAUAUUGUGUUGCAUGCCUCUGACCAUGUUGGAGCCGCCGAGGCCAUUGCUGCGGGCCUCGUAGCGGGACAUACAAAAGAUAAACCCGGGUACUGGCUCCAUACUGGAGGUACCGGCAUCCUGACCUACGAAGAUUCCGAUAGGGGAGUCUAUGGAGAGAAAAGCGACAAAGUUUACAAUGAUCUGGACGGUGUCGACGAACUCGUUAAUCUCCCUGAUCAUGCCUUCCACCGGAAUGUCGAUAAGAUUGUGCUGGAGGCGGGCACGAAGCAUGCAGAUGUUGUCAAGACGGCUCUUGUUUGUCCGCCUACAAUAUAUGGCACCGGUCGAGGCCCAGUUUCCCAGAGAAGUCGUCAGGUCUAUGAAUUGAGUAGGGUGACCCUCCAACUGCAGAAAGCACCCAUAAUCGGCGCUGGCCAGUCAUACUGGAACAACGUCCACGUCCACGAUCUGAGCGAUCUGUUCACUCUCCUCGCAGAGGCUGCCAUCGCAGGUAAAAACGACGACGGCCUCUGGGGCAGCAAGGCGUAUUACCUUGCAGAGAACGGAGAACAUUGCUGGGGAGAUAUCGCAAGGCUGGUUGCGCAAUCGGCAGCGAAGCAGGGCUAUAUACCAGAAGCGAAAGCUAAACAAAUCGAUAUCGAGACAGCGAGGAAGCUCGCUGGGUUUGAGUCGUUCAGCUGGGGGUUGAAUUCCCGUGGACGAGCACAAAGGGCACGGAAACUCCUCGGUUGGAAGCCUUACCGACCGAGUCUGGAGGAGGAGCUGCCGGGUAUUGUCCAGAGAAGUAAGGCGUUGCAGAUAUACCAUUUCUCUGUUCCAGGAUUCUUUGCGUCGAUGUUACACAUGCCCCUUAUUGUCCCGAAAGCGAAGGCAAGGUCCUCUAGUAGCUUUUUUGUCUAUGAAGUAGAAAUUCUCGUCGACUCCUGGACUAAAUUAUGA